AUGGUCGGGUAAAUUUAAAUUAGUCCUGAUUACCAUCGGGCCAUAAUUACUUUUAUCAUGAUUUUAUGCCCUGAAGUUAUAUUUCUUGCAACAACCUCAGCAAACAAAUUUAAUAAAAAUGACGGCUGAAUUCCAAUUAUAAGUUUAUGGCUGAUGAUAUGAUCUCUUUCAUUUUUGGUUAUAACAUCAACAUCAGAUCCUGGAUAUUUAGCCAAACAAAUUCCUCCCUUUGCAAGAGGGCCUAAAGGGUCUCCUACUAUCUCAACCGCUCUAAAAAAUGAACCUUCAAAGCCAUCUCCUAUGGAUAGCUCAUAUUUCGAAAUCCCAUUUUGUGGAAGACUAACUAAAAUGAAAUUUUGCAAAACUUGUAUCACUUAUUCAGGCUAUAUAUUAAGGCCUCCUAGAGCUUCACACUGCUUUGAUUGUGAUUUAUGUGUAGAAAAAUUCGAUCAUCAUUGCCCUUGGCUUGGUAAUUGCAUAGGGAAAAGAAAUUAUAAAACAUUUUUAGGAUUUUUAUAUUCCUCAACAGCACUGAUUAUUUUUAAUUUUAUUUUUGUGGUUAAAAAUCUAAUUGAUAUUUCGAGUGAUACGAAAGAUAUGAGCAUAAAAAACCAAAUUACCAAGGCAAUUGAUAAUGCUGGAGGAAGCAUUGUGCUUUUGAUGUAUAUUUCGCUUGUAUUUUUUAUUUAGAUUGGAUGAUUUGUAAUAGGGCUGACUUUUUUCCACACAUAUUUGGCUUUGAUUGGAAAAACAUCUAAAGAAUUUAUCAAGAAAACGUGGAUAAAGCCGAAGUAUAACCCUUAUGCUUUAAGAGGAUUUUGUUCUAAUUUUUUAGGUGUCUUGUGUAGCAAGAAGUCUCCAAAGAGAUUUCUUGUAGAAAAUGAUUUGAAUAUAGAAGGGCAAGUUUUUGAAAAAUCUUAUUCAAUAGGAAUGAUUAAGUCUAGGCUAGAAUCAAGUUUUUCGAAAUUUUUUAAUUUUCAAGAAAAUAAAUCAAUAAGAAGGAAGGAAAAAAAUACUAAUGCUAAAUGCUCACCUGAGUUGGCUAUAUCGCCAUAA